CCCGCGAAUGCGCUUCAGUUGCAGAUAGACCGCCGAGCUGUGCAUUUCGCCCGUUCACGACCACGUGUUGACACCCACGUGGUGUAUCUGUAAACACGAACAAAGUUAUUAGUCAAAUUUAUCAGUAAGUCCAUGACACAAACACAAAAAAAAGUCUUAUCAAUACUAAUAGUAAUAAAAAAAAACUUAAAAAAAUAAUAAAUACGUGUGUUAAAUAACCAGUGAGUCACUUUGGCGACUAGUGUUACCCAACGGAUUUUAUUUAAAGUGGAGAACAAAAAAUCCAUCAACCUGGAGCCGACUUGUCAGAAACGACGGAAAUGUGAGGCUGAUGGAAAGGAGGCAAAGGCCGAACUGGCGGUGCAACGCAAUAUGUUUCCUAGCGCACAAAUUAAAAUGAGUAUAUUUGUCAGAUUGCUGUCGCCAAGCAGUUCGCCAGCAACGUCGCCCACGAUGUCUAAUUCAUCGUCACCGACACCACCAACACCAGUAGCACCAGCAUACAAUACUAAAAUGCCAGGUAUACCCUGUGUUGCAGCAGCAUCUAGAUACACAGCACCAGUUCACAUCGACGUCGGCGGAACCAUAUACACAUCAUCGUUGGAAACGCUUACAAAGUAUCCUGAGUCGAGACUCGCCAAGUUAUUUAACGGUAGCAUUCCCAUUAUGCUUGAUUCUUUAAAACAACACUACUUCAUUGACCGCGAUGGAGGCAUGUUUCGGCAUAUACUUAAUUUUAUGAGAAAUUCACGGUUACUUAUACCUGAAAAUUUCGCUGACUUGGAUUUACUUCUCGAGGAGGCGCGAUACUUUGAUAUUGCGCCCAUGUGCCGACAAAUAGAACAAUUAAAAAAAGAGCGUAUAAAAAAUGGUACAACAAUCCAGUCAUCAAGUCCACUGUCAACAUUAAUAGGAAGAGAUGGCAGAGUAACACCGCCAAGUAGAGAUACUGAUAAAAGAUCAACGCCGUCUUUUGAAUGUCUGGCUCUGCACGUGAGCCCAGACCUAGGAGAGCGCGUAAUGCUGUCAGGUGGACGGGCGCUGGUAGAUGAAGUCUUUCCGGAGACAACCCAGGCAGUAAUUGAUGCACGUUCUGGUGUCGCAUGGCAUCAACAAGACACACGUCACGUCAUACGUUUUCCUCUCAACGGCUACUGCAAACUUAACUCCGUUCAGGCGAUCACGAGGCUGCUCAACGCGGGUUUCAGAGUCGUCGCGAGCAACGGCGGCGGUGUCGAGAGCCAGCAGUUCUCCGAGUAUUUAUUUGUACGACAAGGCAUCAACACUUGACAGCCUACGUCUCUGUUAAAUAUUGUCGAUAAAUCCCAUAAUUGAGCUGCUACUCUAAAGAAAUUGUUAAAUUAUUGUAAAACAUCCAACUCGGGCUCUCUAAUCUUUUUUCCCAUCUCUUUUUAUCUCUAUUUGUUACGUUAUACUUAACAUGUACCUAAUGUAUUUAUAUACUAUUAUAAUUAUAUGUAAAUAUUAUUAAUUAAAUAACAUUUAAAACUUUGAUGUAUGGCAACACAAAGUGUUAGCUUUGAUGUUUUUUGGGUAACAGAUGAAAAUAAAAUGUUUAUUACUUUAAAUUUAUAAU